AUUUUUACAAGACAUCAGUAUCUACAGAAAUCGGUUAGAUAUUAAUGACGUGCGGUUUCCGUAUGCCUCAAAAAUCGAGCAAUGUGUAGAUGCUGUCCCAGUUUGGUCUGAAGCAUUGGGGAAGGAGGCAGGUCCUUUGUUGCAACUGCUCCACAUUGAAAAUAGAUAACCAACUGGUGUCUGUCUUGGAAUUUAACAAUAUAUGCUGAACAAAACUCACUGGACCAAUUUUGUCAUAUUUCUGGCCUCAUUAGUGAAUGCUUGAUGAUGGCUGCCAGUCUAUUCCCAAGCCUACGAUAUUUGAGAAAAUCUAUUUUGUUGCAAGAUCCAGUGAUCCAGAUAUUUUUUACAUGUCCACAAUCUGGACUUCAUUAUGAUGUGUGUUUGAACAAUUCAAGAAAAACAUUAUCAACAGCAAAAUCAUUGUCUGCCUCGGAUAGAAUUGAAAAUAGAUUAAGGAUUGUUUUAGAGCAGAAAACUUUUCCAAAAGUUGUAGGAGAAGCAACAAAAGUAAUAGGAGAAAAUAGAAAAGGAAAUACCAAAAGUCAAGAUUUGAAAGCUGUAUCAGUUGUUGCUGAAAAUAUAAGAACGUCAAACAUUGCUAAUCUUCAAGUAAAGAAAUAUGAACCUGAAGACAAUGCUAAGAGUACAAAAUUUAGUAAAAAGCCAUCUUCAUUGCGUCAGAACAGCAGCAAGGUUGUUGCUCUUGGCUAUGUUCGGAAAUGUUGCCCUUACAAUCCCCUAGAUCAGGUCAGGUGUGAUCUGAAUGGAGACCACUCCAAAUAUAAAAAGUUUGUAGACAAUUUGUCUCUAAGAUCAAUUCCCAGUGUAACCUCUAUUAUCAAUUUAACCAUGCCAGAUAGUGCCAGAUAUUUCUUAAAUCGCUGGAAACAACGAAUGAUUCAGGAACUGGGCACAGAAGGAUUCGCAUUGCACCAAGAAAAGACAUUAGGCCUUGGGAGGAAUCUGCACUCCUGUAUACAGAAGCACCUUGAGGGUGUGAGUAAGGAUGAUCUUCCACUAGAGGCAGACAACCAAGGUCACUGGAACAGCCUUGCCAGUGUGUUCCCAGACAUUAGUGAUGUGAGAGCUUUAGAAGUGAAUGUCAGCCAUCAGACGUUGAUGUACCAUGGGAAAUUUGACUGUGUAGCCAGAUACAGAGAUAUGCUGUGUGUCAUAGACUGGAAAACCUCAAAGAAAGCUAAGCCUUCGCUGUCCAAUACAUAUGACAACCCUAUCCAACUAGCGGCUUACCUUGGUGCCAUCAAUAGCAGUAAUGUCAUGACAGGAGAGCAGGACUCAAAACUGAGACAAUGUGCACUGGUGAUAGCCUACCCUCAAGGAGACCCCGCCCAUGUCCACAUCAUGGAUUGUGAUCAGGUCAGCACCUACUGGGACAAGUGGCUUGAUAGACUCGAACUCUAUUGGGUCCUGAAGUCUAACAACAAAUUACCAGAACGGAUAUGACAAAAAUGAAGGGAAAAAGAAAUUGCUCUUGAAAAUAA